CGAAUGCUGGGCGCCGUUCGAUGUAUUGCAGAGCGUCGUUCCAAGCCUGCGUGAACUGCGCGUUGCACGAGACGAUUAUCGCCUGCAAAAGCGCAAGGGCAAGAGACCGUUCGGCCGAAGCAGCCAUGCACCGGUUUCGGUGAUCUUCGGAGAUGCCACUCUGAACUCCAUGGCCGCGGCGUUCGACGUCGACGACAAGCCUCCGGAGCGGGGGCAGGCGUGGCCGCUGCCCAUGCACGGGGCAGCUUUGGCCGAGCCGGUGAGCGCCGGAAGCGAAUCGCAGAUCGUGACCGACGCCACGGCAGCCGAAAGGAUAUCCUCGGUGUUCACAGCAACGUCGGCGAACGAAGGUAGCCGCCAAGCCCAGCCAUCAACGUCACCACGCGCUGGUCGGCCACCGAGGCUGACGGGUCGCGCUCUGGUCCCGGACCAGGUGUUCCUGGUGUGGGCGAUCCUGGCGCUGUUCAUGAUGAUCGGCCUCGUGGGACUAGCGUCGUUCUACAUAUUCCUGCAGUCCAACCACCUGUACAGCAUCCCAGCCGAGCUUGCCCGUCAACGCAACACGACGCGGGCAAGAGUUUGAGAGCUGGUACGCUGCUGGCUAAGUGGAAAGAAGACGUGGCCGAGAACGCUGCUGCCGCGGACAGACGCGCUUGUUUUUCGACUUCCCGUCACUUCCGCAUAAGUCAGUGGUCCUGUGUUUCCGAGCGACUAUACUCGUCCGUUGAGGUGCCUAUGAAAGUCCACGCGAGAACGCUCACAGUCAUCUCUGCUUCACGCUCAGAUCUUGUGCUGUACUUUAUGUCCGUGAGGUGAGAGAGCAGUUACGCGCAGCACCAUCCAACGGAAACGCACUGUUUCAAAACACAGAGUAAACAUAACGUAAGAGUCUGGUCGCACAACACCAAGGUGACAGGCCACGUUCUAAGUGGACCCGCACAUUGCAUCAGCAGAUGACUUCGUCACAUAAACGCAAGCUCGUGGUAAAGGAAUAUACCAGAGCUAAUUUUAGUGGUGCGCAGUUUGCGCAGGACAAGAGCUGUGGUGGUCAAGUAACUCUGCUGUAUUUGAAGAUGCAUAAUGUGUGAUAAAAACGAACGUGCUGUGCACAAGGCUACGUCCCUUUGUCGUGGUGCUUACCUAUGGCUUUUGUUCGGUUAACGAAGCAUUUUAUGUUUGGUACCUUAACUGACGUUUUCUAGCCCUCCUGGUAAGAACCUCAGUAUCCGGGUGAUGAUUGUUAAAUAGGAACUGUCGCACUAUGCCCAGUUUUACUGCGAAGGCCCGACACGUAUUAUUUCAUGUUCGAUCACUUUAUGCCAUUAUUUUAUCUCCCUACCCUAUUGAGAAACCUAGCAUCCAGUGUCCAUUGCCAUGCCUGGUUAUGGGCCCCGUGUCGCAUGGAUGCUGGGGCGCUGGGUAGGCGCGGCAUGCUGGGAGGCGCUGGGUACUGGUGCGAAAAGCAUCUCUAGCGUAAAAUACGCGGUGCCUGGCCAGCGUGUAUAUAAUUUUUAAGUACAGCAAGCAACAGAGAGCGUUUUAGUGCAAUAAAAAAUG